UCCCUCGGGCCCAAGGUCGGCGCACGGUUCUCUCGUGAAGCACUGAAAAUUCUGAAGCAAUGGUUUGAUGCCCAUAGCCAUGAUCCAUAUCCAGAUGAUCAGACAAAGGAAGCACUUCAGCAUUUGACAGGUCUGAACAAAACUCAACUCGCCAACUGGCUGGCUAACGCACGCCGGCGGCACAAGGGGUCAGCCGCAGCUCAAUAUACACCGCCAUCGUUUGAUCAUGUCCCCAAUCAACCACUCGACAUUCCAAGAGCGGGAACUCCCAUACCUCGGUCAGACUCCGAAGGUGGACUAAAUCCAAUGCAGAGAUGGGUAGACUCGCCCCCUGAAGAAGAGCCAGCUCCUAUAUCGGCCAUCGUGCGUGCAAUAUCAACGAGCCCUUCAGGUUGUGGCAAGCUUUGCUGUGUAUUUUGCAACCAAGAUGAUCCGGACGAUGAGCAUAUCAAGAGCCAUAACCCCUCUGCUUGCCAAGAACGCGCCUUUAACCGAAAGGAUCAUCUGAAGCAACAUCUCAGACUGGUUCAUGGCGCUGGGUUUGUUGCGUGGUCUAUGAACCCCUGGAGAGUCUCGAUAUCGCAAAUACGAUCUCGGUGUGGACUAUGUAACAGCUCGAUUAACACUUGGCAAGACCGUGUAAAUCAUCUAGCAGAUCACUUCAAAAUGGGGCAUACAAUGGCAAGUUGGAAAGGGGACUGGGGCUUCGAUGCUUCAAUUCUCGAGAUGGUCGAAAACGCGAUCCCACCCUAUCUUAUUAGCACGGAAAGAAGCUCUCCCUUCCCUUUUAGGGGUAGUGGCACGGCAGCCAACUCUCCUCGGACGGCAUAUGAGCUCUUGAGCUUAGAGUUGAUGCACUAUAUGGAGAAUCAUUACGAAGAAACUGGGGCACUGCCAGGAAAUGAUGACGUACAGCUCGAGGCUUGUCGCAUCAUAUUUGCAUCCGAGGUCUUGUCAUCAAUGGAAGAACCUGAAACGAACCCACCCGCAUCUUGGCUACGAGACAUCAUCACAUCAAACCCUAGCUUGUCUCAGCAGGCGCUAUUCGGGCCUAUCCGAUCACGACGAGAGAAUAAGCUUUCAUCUCUGGAAAUCAAGGGAAAGAAGAACCUCUUUGAGGGAUGUCCGCUCGAGGCUGAAUUACGCAAGUUCGUUGAAGCCAAGCAGUUGUUAGGCCAAACGACCAUUAAGAAUGAUGAGCUGCAACAUGAGGCUUGUCGAGUGGUCAAGACGACAGAGAUUGUGGCCUCGAAGCAGUCAUAUGAUAUAGUGGCUAAUUGGUUGGUCAAGAUGAUACUUGAAUCCAGUCACUGGUUAGAUGGCUUUAGGCAACGUGUGCAUCUUCCACCGGCGGAAUCAUCAGAAUCAUCGAACCAGCCGCUGAUGCUCUCUGCUGAUGGCCUUCUUCGCGAGUCGAACCAAUGCAUUUUGACAGUUGACAACGAAGGUAUUGCAUCUACCUUCAUGUCCGAAUCUGGGACCGGCCAACCAUUCUGGACUGAAACAAGCCCCUACAUGCUCAAUGACUCCAAUUUUCACGAGCGUUUGGGAAGGGAAUUACGUCGCUGGGUAUCUUCUACCAUGUCUCCACGAAACCCUCAAUGUCAUAUCCCAACGGACGAAGAAUUGCGGCAUCAAGCACGCUGGAUAGCAUAUGGGGAGGAUGACCCAUGGAACCAAACGCAUGCAGAUAACCCCGAAUGGUUAGAAAGAUUCAAGCAGAGCGUCGGGAUCCCCUAA